CGAAUUUACACAAUGACUUUCGACAUCUCCAAGGCGCGUGGGCGCUUCCCCGCACUGCAGCAGGACCAGGUGUUUCUUGAUAACGCAGGUGGCAGCCAAGCACUUGGAUCUGUAAUUGAGACCAUAACAGAGUACCUUUCCAAGACGAAUGUCCAGUUGGGUGCUUCGUACCAUACUGGUUCGCAGUCCAACACCAAAUACGAGCAGGGCUACCAAGCCGCUGCAAAGUACAUGAAUGCUGGUCGCGAUGAGAUAGUAAUUGGCAGUUCCACUACGCAGCUUUUCAUGAAUCUCAGUUCCUCGCUGCAAUUCCCUGCAGGAUCGGAAAUCAUUCUCUCCAAGAUGGAACAUGAGACUAAUGUGAAGCCGUGGCUUUUUAUGGCUGAGCGUCUUGGCCUUACUGUCAAAUGGUGGAUGUCUUCCAAAGAAGAUGGGCUGAAGCUCACAGCGGAGAACUUGAAGCCGCUCCUCAGCGAUAAAGUGAAGUUUGUUGCCUGCACGCAUGUGAGCAACAUCCUCGGCACGGUCCACGACGUCAAGUCGAUUGCGGACGCGGUACACGAAGCCGGUGCUUUGUUCUGCGUGGAUGGCGUGAGUUAUGCACCGCACCGUGCGGUUGACGUCAAGGCUUUCGGCGUGGACUUUUAUUCCUUCAGCUGGUACAAGGUAUACGGCCCUCACGUCGCAGUGCUCUAUGCCAGCAAUUCCGCACAACAGCACAUGAAGCCCAUGACACACUUCUUCAAUCCCACAAAGACCCUCGAAGACAAGAUUGGCUUCGCAGGCUCAAGCUACGAAUGUGUUCAGUCUAUCCCCCAGAUCGCCUCAUAUCUCUCCGGCGCUUUUCCUGCAAUUACCGAACACGAGGGAAAACUUCAAACCAUUCUUCUCGACUUCCUCAACUCCCGCCCUGAUAUCACGGUCCUGGGAUCUACGUCUACGGACAGUAAGAUCAGAGUUCCUACCAUUUCUUUCACUGUCAAAGGCAUGAGCAGCAAACAGAUUGUUGUCGAGGCGGAGAAAGUGAGCAAUUACGGAUUCAGGUGGGGUCACUUUUACUCGAAGAGGCUGUGUGACGAGAUCCUUGGGCUAGAGCCUGAGGGUGUGACCAGAGUCAGUAUGGUACAUUACAAUACUGAGGAGGAGAUCAAAGGGCUGGUAGAAGUGUUAAAGAAGGUCCUUCCGCAAGUUUAG